AUGUGUUGGACACCAGAACAGGAGACUCUUAGAAAAUCCACCUCCAUAGGGCUUGAGGAGGAGAUCAUUGGAGGCCACGAGGUCAGUCCCCACUCGCGCCCCUACAUGGCACAUGUUACAUUUCUGAGAGAUAAUGGGAAGAAAAAGUUCUGUGGAGGCUUCCUGGUUCGAGAUGACUUCGUGCUGACAGCUGCUCACUGCAGGGGAAGCUCAAUGACAGUCAUGCUGGGGGCCCACAACAUCAAAGAACAGGAGAAGACCCAGCAGGUCAUUCCUGUGAAAGAAUCCAUUCCCCACCCGGACUAUAAUCCUAAAGGCCGCUCCAAUGACAUCAUGCUGUUAAAGCUGAUGAGUAAGGCCAAGAGGACUAGAGCUGUGAAGCCACUCAACCUGCCCAGGCGAAAUGUCCUUGUGAAGCCCCAGGAUAUGUGCUAUGUGGCUGGCUGGGGAAAGGUCACUGCAGAGGGGGAAUUCCCAACCACACUGCAAGAGGUCCAGCUGACCAUACAGAAGGAUCAGGUGUGUGAGUCCCAGUUUGGAGGUUCUUACGACAAAGCCAAUGAGAUAUGUGUGGGGGACCCAAAGAUCAACGGUGCUUUUGUUGAGGAGGAUUCCGGAGGUCCUCUAGUGUGUAAAAAAGCUGCUGCAGGCAUCCUCUCCAAUGGGAAAAAAGAUGGUUCAGCUCCACAGGUCUUCACCAGAGUCUCAAGUUUCCUAUCCUGGAUAAAGAAGACGAUGAAACGCAGCUAA